GCAAAUUUUCCACAAAGAAAAUUACGAAGAACAAGAAGCCAAGCUGACAAAGAAAGCCAGCAGAGCAGCAUUAGGUUUCAAGGUCUAUGAUUGAUUCAGAAGUGUCAAAAAAGGGGACCCAAAAGAUGACGCUUUUAAUCCAAAAAGCUAUUAGCUUUGUGUGUAAUCAAUGAUGUUUUGUAUGGCCUUCUCUGAGCUUUUUUGAUCCCUUGCUAAUACUACUAUUCUUUGUUAAAAAAAACGAGGGCUAAUUUGGUGUGUGGUUUCUGCAACCUUUCCUUUAACCUUCAGAGGAAAGCUCCUGCGUAGACCCCCCCAAUCCCUCCUUUUUUUUUAUAUUUUAUGUAUUCAUAUUACGUGUUUGAUUUGCUGCUUGACCAAAUUGAAACUUUGAUCAUUUCCAAUCUUUCAAACAAGUGGAAUUCAACUCAUAUAUAUACCAGUGCCAUGCAAUUUUGGUAAGGCAUAUUCAAUUGAGUGACUCAAUCAAAAGCACGCUUGAGGAAAAGAGAGGCGGCACAGAGAGGAACAGUAAAUAAAGUUAGUCUUUUUAGUCAUUUUAAUUAAGGUACCGAGUCAACCUUCAAUUUCAGCCAAUUUUCACUUGCUUGCUUCCCCUGUAUGAAUUUGUACUAAUUUUCUUCUGGGCUGUUUUCUUCUAAUCUGGAGUUUCUGGAGUGGUGAAGUUUCUGAAUUUGUAUUAAUGCCCAGUAUGCAUGAUUUGAUUGUGGAGUCUAAAAUUUGACAAGGGUUCUGUUCAAUUUUGUGAUUUGCUUGGGUUAAAUUCUUCCUGCAUUGUAAUUGUGUACGAUCAUGUAUUAUUCUUCAUUUGGCAAAGGAACAAAAUUCAACCUUUUUGAGUUUUGACAAAUUGUAAAAAGGAAGUCGGAUUAACUAAUCAGUUAGAAAAAAGGGGAUGAGAGAAAAUAAUUUUCCCUUUUGAGAAAUGAUUUCUUAAGUUUAAUGGGCUUUUUCAGAAGUUCAUAAUCAUGUGUUUCAUUUCUAUUGUUGGUGAACAGGUUUUGCUUUGAUCACAUUGGUUUAUAUAGAAGUGCCUCAAGGGGAUGGGACUUUCUCAUUCCAUAAUCUCAUCAGUGUGGAACGUGAUCCAGCAGCACAAUAUAUUCAGCUUAAGGGAGACUGCAGAUACAGUUAUUGCGAAAUCAGUGAGCUUUGGGAAAAAAGAAGGAGAACUUUUGGUGAAGACAUUUAGUUUCAAGAAGAAGCAGUUGGAAACUCUUACAACCCUUGAUGCUUCAAAUGUGAGCACAAGUGAGAAUGCUGCUCCCACAAGUGAUUUAUUAGUCGACAAGGAGUUUAAAAAUGUGGUUUCUGGGAAGAACGAGACCCAUCAGAAAUUAAUCAACAAGUCCAAGCUUGAAAUCUUGCUUCCGGAGCCCUUCGUUAUAUCGUCACCAAAACCUCUUUGCGAGCUUGAUGCAGCAGCAACUAAGCUUCAGAAAGUUUACAAGAGUUACCGCACCAGAAGGAAUCUUGCAGAUUGUGCAGUUGUUGUAGAAGAACUUUGGUGGAAGGCCUUGGAUUCUGCAGCUCUAGAACAUAGUUCGGUUUCAUUCUUUAACUUGGAGAAACAUGAAACUGCUGCAUCCCGGUGGGCACGUGCAAGGACAAGAGCUGCUAAGGUUGGUAAAGGUUUGUCCAAAGAUGAAAAGGCUCAGAAGUUAGCUCUGCAACAUUGGCUUGAAGCUAUUGAUCCAAGGCAUAGGUAUGGGCACAACUUACACUUCUACUAUGAUGUUUGGUCUGCAAGCCGAAGCUCCCAACCUUUCUUUUACUGGUUGGAUGUUGGGGAUGGUAAAGAGAUCAAUCUGGACAGUUGUUCAAGAGCCGACCUGCAACGGCAGUGCAUCAAGUAUCUUGGACCUCAUGAGAGGGAAGCAUAUCAAGUUAUUGUGAAGGAUGGGAAGUUAGUCUACCAGAAAACUGGCAUGCUUUUGAAUACAACCGAAGGCUCAAAGUGGAUUUUUGUGCUCAGCACAUCAAGGGCCUUGUACGUAGGACAGAAAAAGAAGGGUGUUUUUCAGCAUUCUAGUUUCUUGUCUGGUGGAGCUAUUACUGCAGCUGGUAGACUUGUUGCUCAUGAUGGUGCUCUUGAGGCAAUAUGGCCAUACAGUGGUCACUAUCUUCCAACAGAAGACAAUUUCAAGGAAUUCAUAAGUUUUCUUGAAGAGUACCAUGUCGAUUUGAGCAAUGUUAAGGUAAUUAUACCUAUCUUUGUUUGAGAUACUUUGAGGAACCUCUCACAUAUGAACUGGAAAAUAGAAGAAUAUUAAGGAAUUUCUUCCUUUGUCGGUUGCAAAUUAUCAGCAUUAAGAUAGGUGUUAAUUCCUUGCAGCGAUACACGGUUGAUGAUGCUAGGAAAUCAUAUGGAGAUGUUUAUGAGGAGUCAAACAAAGAAAAGGUACAAGACCCCUCAAAAACUGCAGAUUCCAAGGAUGUAGUUGCUGUCAAUUCUGAUGCUGCAUCUCCUGAUGUUUCCCUGAUACCUGAUCAGCCUGAAGGAAGACAGCUAACUGAUAUAGAAACAGUCAAAGAACCCAAAUUGGACUUGGCAAAGCGGUUGUCAUGCAAAUGGACUAGCGGUGUUGGUCCCCGGAUUGGUUGUGUUCGAGACUAUCCAAUGCAGCUCCAAUUUGAGGCACUGGAGAAGGUCAACUUAUCGCCUAGGACCUCGCUUGUAAAGUCCAAGAGCGGAGUUCCAAUCCCUUCCCCUCGGCCAAGUCCAAGAGUCCGUAUGUCACCUAGGCUUACUUACAUGGGACUACCUAGCCCAAGGGUGUCCACUAUAUCUUGCAGUUGAAUUCAGGAGGAAGCAAUGCAGAAGUAAGACCGUUCCUCAAUCUUCAAAAUUUUGAAAAUGAUUUUUCUAGUUAACUGUCAAAGCAGAAUCCUGAUUCUUUGUUCUUUAACCCCUGUUGUUAAUGCAUGGUCUGAACUUAAAGAACCUGCAAGGUUCAGACUUUGGGGGCACUCUUUUUUCCCUUGCCCCCAUAUUUAAAUUUCUUUAGAGCUAGCUGCUUUAACUUGUAAGAUGCCUAGCUCUGAUAUUUGAUUCAUUCUUUAGUUCAUAAUCUGUAUAAAAACAGCAUUGGCAGUACGAUUUUGUAGUAAACGUGACAAAAUUGUUACUUUCUCUCAUUGGAGACGGUUUCUAUCCCUCCUCUUUUGAGUCAAAAGAUAUUCUAUAAUAAGGCCGUGUCACACAUUUUAAGUAGUGUAAGAGCGAACAUUACAGAAAGUGAAAUAAAGGAUGGUAUUCUUCUUCCAUCUCCCUUGACACAUUGGCACCUCUAACCUUACUUUCUCUAGCAGAUAUCUGAUUUGAUUCUUGUAUUUGGUAGACAAAGAACCACCAUAAAUCUUAGUAUUUAUUUAUUUAUUUAUUUUGGGGCACAUUAACUUGGAAUUUGGUCCAGAAUUGGAUCCAUCAAUAGGCAAGUCAGGUCAUUUUUUACUUAAAUGUUUCAGCAUGAAACAAAAAAGUCAUAGAAAUUUGUAGUCCAAAAUGAGAAUUUCUCUGAGAGCAUGCCCAUAAUAUUGUCAUCAAGCUAUACUACACGCCAUUAUGUUAUUGUGUGAUUGAAUGCAUCCAGCUAAUACAAGCACCGCAUGCAGCAAAAAUUAACUUCUUUUUAGUACCAAAAAAGACAUCAAUUUUGUCAGUCAAACUUAAACUUGGGCUCUCAUAAGAAGAGAGGAGUUAAAUCGGGGCUUCUUCAGCCUUUCGAUAUAUUCUGCAUCAAAGUUCUUGAUAGCAGUAAAGAAUGCGUAGUGUUUCGAUCCAACAAUUCCAUACCCAACUUAUAUCAGCUUCAGUUCCAAUGUUUUCCAUUUCUCAAAAACAGAGAAAAGAAUCCAAUGCCAAAAAAUGAUGUCUGAGAAGCAUUUAAGUACUAGUACUAAUACGUAUUGGUUCCUCGUUCCUCCUAUCUGGAGAAGCAUUUAUUUAAGUACUAACUACACAUUUCUUGAAUUUACAAAAUAUAUUCAUAUCAAAAGUUUGAACCUUGUAUUUUUUUUAACAUUUGCCAAAAUUUUAAAAGUUUAACUUUGAUCCCUCCAUUUUAAAUCAAACCAAAUUUAGAAAUCAGACAAGAAAAAACAAGUGUACUAUGAAGCGCAUGUGACGAUUUUGAAAUUGGAAAAAAGAAGAGGACUGUUUUUAUAAUGGAGACGAAAAGGUAAGAGCCAAAUAGGAAGAAGGAAUGGUGGUAAUAGGAUUUUGUGACUGAAAGUUGUGAUCUUGGUUAUAAUGCCCGACAAUUAGAAAGCAAAACACCAUAUUUGGUUAAUUAUUGAACAGAGCACGCAUUCAAUUCAAUUGUACCAUUUACAGAAACAGUCAAAAGUGGAAAGGACGAGGGAUUUUUGUUUUAUAUUAGCAGUUGAAUUUAUUAUGUAAUCUAGUACUAGUAUGCUAUUUCAACAUGGAUUUUACUCACAUCAUUCAUUCCAUCAAAAGUAUAUUUACUUUUUAUAUUUUAACUAUUUUUGAGAUGAAGAAAUCCUA